GGCAACAUGAAUGAAAGUGUCUAUAUUUUUCACAGUGCCAACAUUUCACGCGGCUGUCAUUCUCAUCUGUCAGUGAUGGAAUUUUUAAAAGACCUGCCUUCGUACGACGAGCAGAACUUCACACUGUUUAAUACAGACCAUGGCAUUAGAAAUUGUUCGAAAAGGCCUUCGAUAUAUUUACCAACUAAAGAUAUACCUUCCGAGCAAAUAAUUGUAACAGAAAAGACAAAUAUAUUAUUAAGAUACCUACACCAACAAUGGGAGAAAAAGAACAACAAUUCACCGAAGAAACGCGACCAAACGCACAUAGAACAGAACGGUGACGAGAGCAGACCACGCAAGAGGCCCUGUUUAAACUCACCCUUAAACUGAAACAUCUCACACGCAACAACAGUUAGUUUGUGCUUGGUUUAUAAUAGACUUUACAGAGUGUACGGCAUUUUUAUAUUAACAUUUUUAUUCCACAUUUUUAGGUCAAAUUGUACAUUGAUACUUGAAACACACUGGUUUCACGUUUUUUGGGAAAUGUCUGUUCAAUUCAACUGUGACAAUUUAUUGUGAAUUCUGUGUUGUGUUGUGUGGUGCUUUUGAAGACCAAUAAUAGUAUCAUUGUUAGAGAUAUUAGAUUGAUUCCAUUACUAUUAUAGAGUUAAUGUAAUACUUGCAGUAUUUUCAUAUUUUAUUAAUCUUGAUUUCUGUUAUUAUGUAUCUAUUGCCAGUGCAAUUUCAAUAUUUCAGAUAGGAGAUAGAACAAUAGAAUGUUCUGGAAUGUUCUGUGUAUGCACAAAUAUAUCCACCAAUUUGCCACCAAGCAACUGUGUGUGGUCACUGUUGUAUUCUGGUUUGAAGGAUGUCAUUGCCAGUGUAACUACUGGACUUAAUAAGUCUUAACAUCUUAUGUCUCUUAAUGGCGAGCGCAGUGGAAUACGGGCGGUCGUUUCGCUUACCAUCAGGAGAACGGCAAGCUCGUCUCGUCAUACAAAAAAAAUUACAUAAAACCUAUGUUGUGGUGGUUUGAGCCUGGUAAAUACCAGAUAAUUCCAUGCUGGGUUUUCAAAUAAUUAUAUGAUCUUACAAAGUGCACAAUAUGCUAAUCAACUAACCUAUACCUAACUUAUAAUAAAAAAAUAUCAUAUGUCUCAAGUAAAGAGUGCCUCUAAGCUAACAAAUAAUUGUUAUUUAUUCAUAUAGGACUCUUUAAAAUAGUCAAGGCGAUUAAACAUUAAAGUCCGAUUUUACUCAUACACUUUUCUAAUUGGUAUGCUCAAAUAUCAGUAUUCCAUAUAAUUAAGGAAGAAGGAUAUAAAAGAGAUCUUGAUAGAUAUCUAUCAAAGUUAUGGAUUCAAAAGACACAACAUCUCAAUCUGGCCAAGAUUAUAAGUGUCUUCACUUAUGCAGUUCUAAGCCAUGUCUGAAUAAAGAAAAGUGUACAAGUGUUGGAUUUAAUAUGUUCAGUCAUACUCUGCCACACAACACAUAAAAUUCAAAACUCAAAUUGUCACACUGAAAGUGCCAUUAAUAUGAAAUUUCUGUGUAUAUCUUUAAGUUCUGUAUAAGUAUUACAACUAAAAAACAUUGUCUGAGUUUCAAUAUGUAUGGUAACUUUCAUUCCAUUGUUAUUAAGUUUUUUGACGCAAUAAAUCUAGAUCAGUAAUUAUAAAUCAUCAACACUAAAUUUUUUAAGAUAAAGCACCUGCUAGUAUAAAAUGUAUUGGUUUUAUUAUAGAUGUUAAUGUUUAAAUAGGCCAGAGAAAUAAUAAAAAAAUACUGUUUACAAUGUACAUUUCUAUCAGUAAUUUAUAGGCGCAUAUUGCAAAAAAGUUUGUUCAAAAUGACCACAAUAUCUAUGGACGACCACCUGGUCUAAUGACCAGGAAAAUGCUUGUCACCCUAUUGACCCAAUCCCCUUGGUAACUAGGGUGACAAGGAUUUUCCUUAUGGGAGGACUAUAGCUGUAUGUAUUGUGUACAUGCUUGUACAGACUACAGAUAUACUCUGAGUAUAAAGUGUACAACUAUUAGUCCCCUCUGGGUUGCAAAGUGUUGAAUUAUGGUUCUUGAGUAUAGGUAUGGAGGCAUUGUUUAAUGGCAUAUUAAAACACUAAUAUCUAUGGGUUAACUGUAUUGUUAGGUAUCAGUGGUUGAAUAAGGAAACGCUUAAAUAACUGCAGAUGAAAAUUAGGGUAUUUUAUACAAUACAGCAAUGUUAAGUAUUGCAGAUACAUACCAUGUGUUCAGUUGUUGUGGAUAGCGGACAGCGAUCCACUGUCCAAGUGUCCAUGAUAGGAUUAAGUACUCCUUUAUGCAUUGUCAGCCAGUCGGAGUUUGACUCACGCUAGUUGUGAAUGUUCAGAAAUUGGCAAUUACAUCUUUAUCCUUCUCGUUUCUGCAAUGUCUCAAAAUAUCUGUGUUGUUUUUUUUAUAAAAUUAUAUGCACUAGCAUUGUGUCUUAUCAUAUCAUCAUUUUAGUCAGGUUUGUUUUCGUUAUCGCUGCAUUGCAGUGCGUAAUUGAUCAUAAUUCGGUAGAACGAUACAUCUUCAAGGGACAAGGUAUUUAUAUACAUCAACUGUGCGCUGUGUCGUAGAUAAGCCAAAAUUACACUUUUGGUCGAAUUUAUCUUCCAAUAACCCACCCCUAUGUGCCAGUACAAGUUGAAUCUCAUAGAAUACUAAGUCUCCGGUCAAUAUGAUCACUUCCAGAUUAAUUGUCACAAAGCAAUAGGUAUUUUGUAGUGCAGAGUAGAUUAAGUUAAAAUAAAUUAAUGUGUAUAAAGAUAAUAUUACCUAAUGGGUAAUUUACUUUAAAACCUGACGUUUAGAAUGAUGAUAGCGUUUUUUAAUUUUAUCCUUAAUUACUGAUUCUAAAUGGUGAAUAAAAAUGUGAAAAUUGA